CCCAUUCCUUUCAUCACUUGCAACUUCGUAAUACCCCCGAAAAACCGCAGGCUUACGUGAUUUUCCAACAGAAAGGGAAAACUGGAAAAUGAUGCUGGGAGAACGCCACCGUCCACCCGAUACAACGGCUUAUGACUCCCCAUGGCUGCUACCUGACGAUACUACGGACGAGAUCCUACCGCCCUACUCUCCGGACCGCCUCCAUGACAUCAUUUCGGCACUGCAGCUAUAUGGACGGGCUGGCCAUGAUGGCGGCGAUCCGGCGGAAGAGUGCGACGAGUUCCGCAUGUACGAGUUCAAGGUGAGAAGGUGCAGCCGUGGGAGGGCCCACGACUGGACCGAGUGCCCUUACGCUCAUCCGGGUGAGAAGGCGCGCCGGCGGGACCCCAGGAGGCACCACUACUCGGCCGCUGCGUGCCCGGACUUCAGGAAGGGCGGAUGCCGGAAGGGCGACUCCUGUGAGUUCUCUCACGGCGUGUUCGAGUGCUGGCUUCACCCAGCAAGGUACCGUACACAGCCGUGCAAGGACGGGACCAACUGUACGAGGAGGGUGUGCUUCUUCGCCCACACGCCGGAGCAGCUCAGGGUGGUGACCCCUCAGCACAGCCCGAGGAGCCCGAAAGAGAGCCCACUCGGGAAAAUGGCCCUUGUUACCCCGAGCACGAUCUCCCCCGAUGACUCGCCCCCGAUGUCCCCCCUGGCCCGUUCGGUCGGCACUAGCGGGAGCCCUAUGACCGAAAUGGUCCUGUCCCUUAGGAAUCUCCAGCUGGAUAGAGUUAAAUCACUGCCCCGCUCGUACAAUUUUUCCGGGUCUGGCUAUGGGUCUCCAAGAAGAUCGAUGCUCCGCCCAGGGAUCCAGAGCCUUCCAUCAACCCCGACCGGAGGGAUAGGCCAAGCUGGCUACUCGGAAUGCUGCUGGGAGACGGGCUCGGAGGAUGAGAUGGCAAUGGAGAGGGUGGAGUCGGGCAGGAGCCUGAGGACCAAGAUGUUUGAGAAGCUGAGCCAGGAGAACUCUCUCGGUCUGGGCGACCCGGACCCAUCUCCUGAUGUCGGCUGGGUGUCAGAGCUGGUGAAGUAAACCAUGGCGGGGCGGGGCGGGUUGGGCCGGGUCCGGGUUCAGGUAAAGCGGUGCUUGGGUUUUUUGUAGAUAGGAUCUGAAUGAGGGUUGGGACUUGUAUUGUUUAAUUAAGCAAUUAGGCACCCAAAUUAUAAAUAUAUUUUGUACAUAUUUAAGUAGGCCGCGAACACCUUGUGAUGCGGAGGAAUUAAAUGCGUUCGGGAGAUUUCUGGAAGGAAGUCUGUAAAAGUUUUAUCUAAUUCCUAUCUGCUAUAUAAAAUAAUAUUUUUAGUCUC